UUGGGCUUUCAAACUAAAUCUCAGAACCAAAUUUAUUACAUCAAAUGGCGAAUUCAAACAACUGGAGUUUAUGUGUAUUGUUAUUGCUAAUCUUUUAUCCUGUUGGUGAGUGUGUUGUUUGCAAGCAAGAUGAGCUUCUUCAGCAGCAUAUCCCUCUUUUUGUUUUUGGGGAUUCCAUAAUUGAUACUGGAAACAACAACUACAUUAACACAAUUCCCACUGCCCAAUCAAAUUACCCUCCCUUUGGCCAAACUUUCUUCAAAUAUCCCUCUGGAAGAUGGUCUGAUGGCAGAGUUGUUCCAGAUUUCUUUGCUGAAUAUGCAAAUUUGCCAUUGGUUUUUCCUUACCUUUAUCCUGGGAAUAAGCGUUACAUUGAUGGCAUAAAUUUUGCGUCAGGAGGAGCGGGUGCUCUUGAUGAAGUCAAUCGAGGAUUUGGGGUAAUAAGCCUCAAAACUCAGGCAAAGAGUUUCAAUAAAGUGGAAAGGAUUCUGAGAAAGCAACUUGGAAAGACACAAGCAAAGAUGUUACUAUCACGGGGUGUCUACUUGAUCACGAUUGGGACCAACGAUUAUCGUACCUUUGCCUCGGAUUCCAAGCUUUUCGAUUCCUACUCGGUGGAAGAAUAUGUUGAUUUGGUGAUUGAGAACUUAACCUCUGUCAUAAAAGAUAUCCACAAGAAGGGGGGAAGAAAAUUUGUUGCGAUGAAUCUUUGGUCUUAUAAUCAUGUACCUGCUGUGUUAGAAGCAGUGGCAUCACAAGGCAAAUAUGCCCGAUUGGAGCAACUAAAUCAACUUGUGGAAUUGCAUAACAAACAACUUUACAAAGCGUUACAAAAGCUCGCUACAAAACUCGAAGGAUUCAGAUACUCCUAUGUUGAUUCCUAUAAAGUGUUUGAAGAAAUAACAAGCAACCCAGCAAAAUAUGGUUUCAAAGAAGUGAAGGAUGCAUGCUGUGGAAGUGGGAAAUAUAAAGGAAUACAAAGCUGCGGUGGGAUGGGUGAUGUAAAAGAGUAUGAAUUAUGUGGGAAUCCUAAAGAGCAUUUGUUCUUUGAUUCAAACCAUGGGAGUGAUAGAGCGUAUCAAAUACUAGCAGAGAUGGCAUGGAAUGGAGAUUCAAGCACUUCCACACCCGUCAAUGUCAAAUCCUUGUUUCACUCCUAAUUCAAGAUUAGAUGGAUUUUACUGUAUUCUAUCAACCAAUAAAAUAAAACAUGGAACCAUCUUAAUAUUGGCUUAUAGUUCUAAUUAACACAAGCUCCAAGAAAUACUAUAUACCCUUUGUUU